CAUCCCAUUUCUACAACUAUUAGAUAAACGAGUAUCGACGAACCCUCUAAGUUUACAGCCUUGUUGUGCUGGGUAUUCCUGUGCAGUGCCGCUUCAUUGAUAGUUGCUUCUAUAACUAUAAGGUAGAAGCUAUCUCGUCACGAUGUCGGGAACUGUGGCGGAAAGCCAUCUUCCUAACUGGUUGAUCGCGACCACGGGUCUAUUCGCAUUCUCGGCUGCUUUGACUUCGUCCUUUUCGAUGUAUAUGCAUGCCAAAAAUUACAGGAAGCCUCUUCUCCAGCGAUUUGUUGUUCGCAUACAGCUGCUGAUUCCAAUCUACGCUCUCACAUGCUGGUUCAGUCUGGUAUCGCACCGGCUAGCUAUGUUUUUCGAUCCUAUUCGCGAUAUUUACGAGGCUUUCGUUAUCUACCAGUUUUUGUGGCUGUUGACAAACUUCUUGGGAGGCGAACGAAAUGUCAUUGUUAUGAUGUCAGGUCAGCCUCCGCGCGAACACUUGUUUCCACCGUUCCGUCGCAUAUUCCCAAAGAUCGACGUUUCGGAUCCACAUGAUUUCCUUGCUAUCAAGAGAGGUGUUUUACAAUACGCUUGGCUGAAGCCUGUAUUCUCGCUUCUCAUAUUUCUUAUGAAGGCGAUCGGGAUAUACCAGGAAGGAUACAUAUCGUGGUCCUCAGGCUAUUUUUGGCUUGGAAUCCUAUAUAACAUUUCCGUUUCUCUUUCGCUAUACUGUCUGGCCCUGUUCUGGAUGUGUCUUUCUCAGCCUCUUCAGCCCUUCCGACCGGUGCCCAAAUUUUUGUGUAUCAAGCUGAUCUUGUUUGCGUCUUAUUGGCAAGGCGUAACUCUCUCGGUGCUCGUACUUUUGGGGGUUAUCAGGGACGUUGGAUAUUAUACACCUAACAACGUUGCAAGGGUUGUACAAAAUAGUUUGAUGUGUGUUGAGAUGUUGUUUUUUGCAAUCGGACACUGGCAUGCGUUCAGUUGGAAAGAUUACGAAGACAAUAGUAUCGGCUCGGCGAGAUUACCCAUAUAUUAUGCGUUCAGAGACGCAUUCGGAAUGCUGGAUAUCGUUGAAGAUUUCAAAGACACAUUGCGCGGCGAUCAGUAUCAAUACAGAUUCUUUGAUUCAGCCGGAGCGAUCGAGCAUCCAGACAGUACGGCGCGAUUAGCUAGACUCAGAGAAGGUCUGAGGUAUCAGCACGGUGGGGCCGCCAAAUAUUGGCUACCAAAGCCCAGUGCCUUGCAGCGAAAAAGCUUCUUUGGAGAGCUGAUUAGUGGAUUUACAGAUUUCGCCAGCUCUUCGAGAGGCGCUAUUGUCCUUCCACUCGAUGAAGAUCAUCUCGGUGAUCUGAAUGAUCCCAAUGCUGAUGAGGCAUGGAAGUUGGAUAAGGAGACUGAGGAUCUGUUCAAGCUUGCCAAAUCGAUGGAGUUUGGCGAUUACAACUAUCCGGUCUUGACGGUCAACGAAUCGCUGAGCUAUACUCCGCUAAGUAAAAAGGUUCUAGCAAGUCGGAUAGAAGAUUAUCCGACGCAGUAUUCGUGGAGUCGUUCGCGGGCAGAGUCUAGCUCAAGCGCUGGUCGCGACAGUAUUGUGCAGCCACCACGCCCUCGUCAGGCUUCAGAGCCCAUCAUCCACAGCAAUCAGUACCACCAGAGUUCUCAAGCGCUCAUCGAUCUUGACUCGUCAGAGCCGACGUUUCCUCGCAGCUCGAACGGGAAAAAGCCUGCCUAUAUCAUGUCUCUAGAUUCUCCAUCUGCUCCUGGUCCCUCUAUGGGCUGAAUUAUAGAGUCUAGAGACUUUUGAGAUAAAUCCAUGGUUUGCCUUCGUGCGCUGUUUUCGUUUUUGCUAUAUAUUAAUCAUCCGCACGGCCCUGUAAUGAUCAGAGAAGGAGAAGGCAUUUUCAGUUUUUUUUUCUUUUGGAUUGAGCGGCAUGGAAGUUACCAACAUUGGAGAUAACUGGGAUACACGGUUCAUUUUUUACUUUUAUCGACUUGUAUUUGCAUAGUUGCUGUUUAGAUCAGUUUCAUUUAUGUUUUCUUCUUUAUUAUUUCAUCUUUUAAACAUGGAGUUGGCGGCUACAGAUGCGAUUAGCAGUGUUUCUAGACCUACCUAGUCUAGUAGUACUUGACUGCU